GUGCGGUUGGUGUGGUUAGUCGGUUUUUUAUUCAAAUGCCAGGCCCUAGUCCAACAUAACCCAAGAUCGUCCAUUUCUUGGGCACUCGCUCCUCUCCAGAACUCUCACUCUCUCCCUCCAGUUCUGGACAGCACCGUGAAGACCGAGGCGAACCCCUAAGCCAAGGGAGGACGACACGAGCUCGAAUAAGGAGAGACAGUUGCCGAGGAGUUCUGGAGGUGACUUGAUUUUUCAAUCGGGUUCCCAAAAACAUGGCCAUAAGAUUACAAAAAUGUGGGGAAAGAUUAGGUUUUGGGUUGAUGAAAUUGACCCGGAAUUAUUGUUCAACCGAACCCAUGAGGGAAUUUUCCGACCCAACAAAAAGACUUUGCAAAAUUAUGAUGUCCUGCCCAACACUUGCUCUUGAUACUGCCCUUGACCAAACCGGGAUCCGAAUUUCACCUGAAAUGGUAGAGGAAGUUCUCACGAGAUUCAACAAUGCCGGUAUGGUUGCAUACAGGUUCUUUGAGUGGGCGGGGAAGCAGCGAAAUUAUACGCAUAGUGUUAAGGCCUACCAUGCUAUGAUUGAAUCUUUGGCCAAGAUCAGGCAGUAUCAGAUCAUGUGGGAGCUUGUGAACUCGAUGAGGUUGAAGAGGAUGCAGAAUAUGGAGACAUUUGGAAUCAUUAUGAGGAAGUAUGCCAGGGCACAGAAAGUUGAGGAAGCGCUUUAUACGUUUAAUGUUAUGGAGAAGUAUGAUUGUGCCCCAAAUUUAGCGGCGUUCAAUGACCUGCUGAGUGCUCUGUGUAAGUCCAAGAAUGUGAGGAAGGCUCAGGAGGUUUUUGAUAAAAUGAAGGAUCGGUUUGAGCCAGACUCAAAGACCUAUAGUAUAUUGAUUGGCGGAUGGGGGAAGGAUCCGAAUUUGCCUAAAGCAAGGGAGGUGUUCAGAGAAAUGAUUGAUGCAGGUUGCAAUCCUGAUAUAGUGACUUAUGGUAUCAUGGUUGAUGUUCUUUGCAAGGCAGGGAGGGUGGAUGAAGCCGUUGAUAUUGUUCAGGGCAUGGAUGAUAGUGGUUGUACACCGACGUCUUUUAUUUAUAGUGUUUUGGUGCAUACGUAUGGGGUUGAAAACAGGAUUGAAGAUGCUGUUGCUGCAUUCUUGGAGAUGGAAAGGAAUGGAAUAAGGGCUGAUGUGGUUGUGUACAAUGCCUUGAUCGGCGCUUUUUGUAAGGCUAACAAGUGCAAGAACGUCUAUAGGGUCUUAAACGAUAUGAAUUCCAAAGGCGUUACUCCCAAUUCAAGGACUUGCAAUGUCAUUUUAAAUAGUUUGAUUGAUCGUGAAGAGACUGAGGAGGCAUUUAGUGUCUUUCGCAAAAUGAUCAAAGGAUGCGAACCAGAUGCAGAUACGUAUACAAUGAUGAUAAAGAUGUUUUGUGAGAGAGAUGAGUUGAAGAUGGCUCAUAAAGUCUGGAAAUACAUGAAGUUGAAGCAGUUUGUCCCGAGCAUGCACACAUAUUCAGUCCUUAUAAAUGGAUAUUGUGAGAAGGGAAAUGCUUCAAAGGCUUGUGUCUUACUGGAAGAGAUGGUAGAGAAGGGGAUUCGGCCAGCAGGUGUGACUUUUGGGAGAUUAAGGCAGUUGCUGAUAAAAGAAGGAAGAGAAGAUGUACUCAAAUUUUUAAACGAAAAAGUUAAUCUUCUUGUCAAGGAGCCUUUAUUCGAUUGAAGACUCAACACUAUCAACUAAGAAAACUUGGACUGUUUGGUAUUCUUAGUCCAACAGAACGAGUCCUGGAGUUCUAGUGCUAUUGGUACUACAUGCUAAUUAGAGAAAGAAAAAUCACCUUUUGCAGGUGAGGUUCUUUCUCAUUUUACUUUUAUGCCAAAUUGUUGGUGAAUUUUCAUGUUGCAAAUGUUUGUUGUUGAGAAACUAUGGUCUUAGGGUUUAACGCAAUUUCACAAAUGUAAUAAUUAAAACAUCAUUACAGAAAACACAUGCUUGUCUGGAAUAUUUUAGUUGACAACAUGCAAACAGUAAAACUACACAAAUUUGUACCUUCCACACACCUCCUGUUGUCAUUUUGAUCUUCUACAAUUCAUUUGAUUCAAUGGCCGGAAAUUGAGAUGAGUGUGUUAGAGGUAAAAAGGGGUGUGGAUAGCACCAUCCCUUAUAAAUAUAUAUAUAUAUAUAUAUAUAUAUAUGGAACACUAGCUUAUGUAAUUCGGCGAAUAAACAGUGAUGCACUGAAAACAGAUGAUUUCAAGCUCGAUUGUUUGUUUCUAAAUGAGUCAGAUAACAUACUAACCAUAUUCUUGAUAAGUCUAUGUUCAGUUUCUGUGGGUUGUAAUUAGGAGCCUUUUCUAUCAUUUUUGCUGUACUAGUCAUCGACAUCAUCAACGCCACCAUCCUCUCUCUCUCUCUCUCUCUCUCUCUCUCUCUCUCUGGCUUGAAAUGCUAAUUCAACAAUUAUUAUGAGACCUCAGUCAACUGAAAAUAGUUAUGUUGUCUGUGAUGUGGUUAUCUUUACAAUGACAAUCUCAGAGUAUCUGUGGGUUUGUUUUUCUUUCUGCUUGGUUUGUGCAACAAGUUGGGAAUUAUUAAGUGUUGCUUCUUGCAUAUAUGGCAUGGUACAGCUUUACACAUUUUGCCCAAUGAUGCAGACUCAUGUUCUUUGGUGUUCGUUUGAUUUCUUUAUGAGCAUCUUCGCUUCGUAUUAAUCUACCGUUAAGAGUAACCAUCUACUCUUUAUGGUGGUGGCGUUUGUUGUUGUUGCUGCUGCUGCUGCUGUCAUUCAGGAUGUGCCUGUGAAUGAAAAUGAAAGCUCAGAAUUCUUGAAUUUGGAUUCAGGAUAUAAUAAGAUCUGAGGGCUAUUUUUUUGUUUACUUUUACAACCCAAGUGGUGUUGUGUAAAUGGUUGUUUAUUAGUUUUCAUGUUUAAGGUAUGUUGGCAAUUGGUGCAUCUCUUUCUUAUCAGUAUUCGUAUAUAUAAACAAAUAUUUUGUUUCCCUUUAAUUUGCCUUUGGCUUUAAUAUUGCUAGGGGCACAACAGAAAGGUUGCUCCUUUGUGACCGAAGGUCGCAGGUCGUGGAAACAGCCUCUUUGCAAAGUAAGGGUAAGGCUGCGUACGACAGACAUUCUCCCGAGCCUUGCAAAAUGGGGAGCCUUGUGAUGAGUCAGUUUUUUUUUUUCUUCAGUAAUCAGUAUUUUUUUUUGGGAUAGAGAGUAAUGAGUCAUGUUUUGUGCUUACUUUAAAAUUGUUCCUUCAGUUUUAUCUCAUUUUUUGCUUCUUUUGUAUAAUACGAUAAUUUCUCUACCUGCUGCGUGUGUGUGGUUGUGGUAUGCAUGUCUCCAGUUUGUUGAUAGAAGGAAUUCUAUGGUUGUGGUAUUCGUAUAUGGUUGGCUUUUUAAUGAUACUUUGUCACCCUUUGUUAAUAAGCCCAAUGAUGGAAUCUCAUUUUGUGAAACAGUGCUUCACUUUAAGCUGUCGUUUACUGCGCCACGCUGAUCAUUGCCAUUUGGCUGCUGCUGCUGCUUCAUUAUUGCACAGUAGGAGUAACAGUGGUAGGUGCAAGCUGGUGUUUCAACACGGGAGGAUUUAACCCGACUACUCUAUUAACUCAGUUUGGCAUCUAAGUGGACCGCAAUUGCAAUCGCAUCAUGCACAGUAGCAGGUUUAAGCAAUACAAGACCAAUAUCAGGAGUGCGAUUAGCCAAACACCUAAAUUCGAAGAUGUAAUCCUUCAAAGUACCUGUAUGACGCAGUUUGAAGAGUGUUUCUGCAGUGUCCUCAAACUCGAAUGGCCCAAACUCCAUGCAUAAGGCUCGAGUGAACUCCUCCCAGGUCGGAGUAGUGCGCAAACAGUCUCUCCACUUAAACCACUGCAAGACUUCACCAUCGAAAUGGAAGGAAGCAGUAAGGACACGCUGCGCAGCGGGAGUGUUGUAGAAGGAGAAGAACUGCUCCGCCUUAUAAAUCCAAGCAAGCGGAUCCUCGCCUUCAACAAAACGAGGGAACUCAACUCGCUGAAUCCAUGGCGGUCAUGGUGGAUGAUCAUUGCCAACACGAAUCAGACUCCGAGGAUGUGGAUCUGGUGCAGUGGCACGAUGAUCGGAACAUUCAGUAACCACGGGACCCGCAAGGCCACUACCGUCCAGCUGAAACUGUAGUUCGCGACAGAAUUGCUUGAAGUAGAGCUGCAAUUUAGUGUCAAGAGUAGCAGACACCGCUUCGUCGACCAAGGAAUGAAGAGAAACCAUGGAAGCUUCUAGCGCACCAACACAGCCGUCCCUCGCAGAGAGACGAUUGGUGGUAGUUGCACGGGCCGUGCAUGGAAGUAAACCAGGAUCAGAGGCUGAUACCAAUGAUAGCACCAGAAUCCGGCGAGGCUGAACCUUGACAUGCUUACAAGAUCAGAAAUUGCGGUGGAAGAAGAGAGAAGAAGAAGCUGAAUAUUUUUUGUAAAAUUAUUUUUAAUUCCUUUCCAACCUUUAGAAGAGAGGGAACAUAUGGCUAUGUAGUUAGCCCAAUACACAUUUGAAAUCUGCCACAUGGCAAUAAAAGACAGAAAUUGUAAACAAACUCUCCUACAGAAUUACAAAUAGCAAAUAAACCCUCAACACAAUCUCACUUAUUACAUUUUGGCCCAA